AUGACUCAUCAACAUCAUCAUCAUCAUCGUCUGGGACAACAAAAUAUUACCAAUAAUAUCGAGAAUAAAAAUUUACAUGAUAAAAAUGAUAAAGAAUCAUUUGAAAAUAUAACAUUAUUGACAAAAUUUUUGACUCAUUUUGGAUUUUAUAUAUUGAUGUUUUUGGGUUUUAUAAAUCAUUUGUUAUUUAAACCAAAAAUUUCAAAUGAAAAAAAUAGAGAGGGAUAUGCACCUUUGUAUGAAAAUUAUGAGACAUUUUAUUUGAAUUAUGUGUACAGAAGAAUAAAAGAUUGUUGGAACCAGCCAAUAUGUUCAGUACCAGGUGCUAAUGUUACAUUUAAAGAUAGAAUAACUCGUGAUAAUGGUUGGACAUUUGAAUUCACAGGAACUGAAUCACAAUAUAUUAAUUUGGGAUCAUAUAAUUAUCUUGGUUUUGCUGAAUCAAGUGGCUCUUGUGCAAAUAAAAGUAUUGAAGCAAUUAAAAAAUAUGGUAUAACAAGUUCAAGUCCACGUGUUGAACUGGGUAGUAUGGCUAUUCAUAAAGAAUUAGAAUUAUUAACAGCACGUUAUCUUCAAGUUGAAGAUGCAAUUGUAUUUGGUAUGGGUUUUGCAACAAAUUCAUUAAAUAUACCAUCAAUUGUACAUCAAGGUUGUUUAGUUAUAAGUGAUGAAAAAAAUCAUGCAUCAACAAUACUUGGAUUACGUUUAUCUGGUGCAACAAUAAAAAAAUUUAAACACAAUGAUAUGAAUGAUUUAAAUAAAUGUUUAAAAUAUGCAAUUGUUAAUGGACAAAUAAAUAAUGGUAAACCAUGGAAAAAAAUAUUAAUAAUUGUUGAAGGUAUAUAUUCAAUGGAAGGUUCAAUUGUUAAUUUACCAGAAAUAAUAUCAUUAAAAAAAAAAUAUAAAGCAUAUGUUUAUCUUGAUGAAGCACACAGUACUGGUGCUAUGGGAAAAAAAGGACGUGGUAUUUGUAAUUACUAUGGUAUUGAUCCAAAAGAAAUUGACAUAUUAAUGGGUACAUUUACAAAAAGUUUUGGCUCAUCUGGUGGUUAUAUUGCUGGUAAUAAAAAAUUAAUUAAUUAUUUACGUUUAUCUAGUCAUGCUAAUGUGUAUGCUGUAUCAAUGUCACCACCAAUUGCACAACAAAUAAUAACAUCAAUGAAAAUAAUCAUGGGUGAAGAUGGCACUGAUGAUGGAAGCAUACGUAUUCAAAAAUUAGCAAUAAAUACCAAAUAUUUUAGACGUAGAUUAAAUCAAAUUGGUCUUGUUGUUUAUGGCAAUGAAGAUUCACCAAUUGUACCAAUGAUUGUUUAUCAUUUUUCAAAAAUAACAUCAGUUGUGAGAUAUCUUCGAAAUAAAAAUAUUGCAACAGUUGGAGUUGGUUUUCCAGCUACUGAAAUGAUGCUUGGUAGAAUUAGAUUUUGUAUAUCUGCUGCACAUACUAAACAACAACUUGACUAUGUACUUGAAAAUAUUGAAGAAAUGGCAGAUUUAUUUGGUCUAAGGUAUUCAAGAAAACCAAGAAAUAAAAAUACCAUUAAGAAUUAUUCAUAUGACAAUGAAACAGAAUAA